AUGCCUAAAAGGCGACAGGCCAAUUUUAACAAGCUUUUUAAAAUAAGGCCUCUAGUUGAAAUGUUCAAUAAAAGGUUUGCACAAUGCUAUCAGCCUCAUCAAAAAGUAGCAAUUAAUGAGUCAAUGGUGAACUUUAAAGGCAAAAGCUCAAUGAAGCAUUACAUGAGGGACAAGCUUCUGAAAAGAGGCUAUAAAAUAUGGACGCUGUGUCAUGAAUCUGCAUAUAAUAUGAAGUUACAAAUUUAUACUGGAAGAUUAGCUACAGAGAAGUCUGAACUGGGACUGGGUGCACAGGUAGUAACAGAUUUAUGUGAAGAACUUUAUAGCAAAAAUCAUAUUGUUUUCAUGGAUAAUUUCUUCACAUCUUAUAAUCUUUUUGUCCUACUACAGGCCCAGAAAACAUUUGCAGUUGGGACUGUGAACCCUACACGUAAAUUCCUCCCAAAACUGAAGGAAGAUAAAAAGAUGAAACGAGGGGACUUUGACACCAAAGUCAGCAAUCAUGAUGUAGCAUUUUAUAAGUGGAUGGACAAACGAGCUGUGAAUUUGAUCUCUACUAUGCAUGAUCCUAGUAACACCACAAGUGUAAAUAGGCAUGUGUAG